CUCAUUCUCGCCUCAACUCUACUAAGGUUUUCGAGUUCACUUCUGCGCUCGGUGUUCGCGUGUUAACUAUACAUAUCUCAUAAGGGUGAGAGAUAAGAAAAAUAAACAAAUACAAGGGAAAGGUCUCAAACCUUGUGCAUUCGCGCCAGAAAAUCAUUCGAACCACGGCGCAAUUGAACCACAAUGAGUGCCGAUGAAGGCGGAGCGCUGGCCGCAGUGCCAGUCACAAACGGCGAACAGCCUCGCAACAGUCCUGAGCCCUCCACAUUGGCAACACCGGGCAAGCGAAAACGUGUCUCCAGUCACGACGAUAGAGCCGCUCAGGAUGCCACUGCAGCUGCCGCGCAAUCGCAGGAAAGAGCCAAACUACAAGAGACCCUGCGGAACUUGGUGGAAAUUUUGAGCAAAAACGACUCAGAUCUGCAUCUCCUAUCUUGUCCGCUCCCGUCGUCGCCUGCAAAGCCUCGUUCAAAGCGCGCAAAGGUCUCGGGUGACAAGGAUGAAAGCUCUAGUAUACAAGCGCGAGUCGCGUCUGAUCGCUACAACAGCCUUUCGGAGUUUCUAAGCGAUAUCGAAAAGGCCUCUGCUGCAGUGAUUGAGAGAAAUAAGGCACAGACAAUCGCUACUCCCACCGACGGAAAUCCUCUCACGGAAACGGUCAACCGCAUUGCCGCUUUCAAAAAGCUAUUGAACAGUCUGGUCCGUCAAGCACAAGUAAGCCAGGCCACUGUCAAGACUGAAGCAUCGGAGGACGGCGAAGUCCCGAUCAGAACAACAGCUUCCAACGUCGAAGUUCGGAAUGAAAGUGCGGUUUUGACGUUGUUUGGAAACCCGACAAACCCGAAGCAGCUCUACUCCAGUCUACAAAAGACAGUGAAGGUCCCGUUACAAUCAGACGAUUCAACCGCGGACAAGUAUGUCGAGGUGCAGGCGCCCUUGCCCGAGGGCGGCUUACCCAACGGGAUCACAGCCACAAAGGUGAUACCUAUCACUCUUGAAGCGAAACCCAAUGAACCCCAUAGAAUCUUUGGCGAGGUAUUCGCACCGCGCGCAACGUUGCCUCAAUUGGAAGCGCCUCGCAAAGCCCCGACUACCCAUCGUGAUGUUACAGGUGGCUGGAUUGACCCCUUCGAGACAAUCACGGAUUAUAGGGCAUUUCUGGGUGACCGCAACAAUUAUUGUCUUGCGAAGCUCCCCUCUGGCUACUGGCUCCAGUACGGUGGAGCUACGUCAUCGCCCUCUUAUUGGAGUCGGCGUCAGAAGCAGCAGCUUUCAGAGCAUCACGAAGACGAAAGACUUCCUGAUGAUCCGAUGCCAUCCACAGAUGAAGAUAUUGCGCUCUGGCAAGGCGUCUAUUCGUCAUUUGCGCCAUCCUUUGAUAGUUCGGGGUCCGUCGUUCAGGCUGACUCGAAAGACUUAGUAUGGUGGGGCAGGCGUGGAGCUCGACGCCUGUACACGCUGCUUUCGAUGGCAAUGCCACAGGGCGAGGAUCAAUUAUCAACCGUGCAGCCGGGCAACAUUGGCGAGCUCGAUGAGAGCACUUUGGAGGAAAUGGUCAACUCGUUCAACCCCGAGGAAUUUGGCGACAAUAUCACCCAAACCCAUAGCGCUUCUGAAGGAACCGUUGGCGAGGAGACUCGGGAAAUGGAUAACCUAUUACGCGAUGUCUCCGAACUUUUAGAAACCCUCAGCUCCUACCAGAGAAUCCGCAGCUUGGAACCGGCGACUUCCGGGGGGCAAGGAACAGAUCCCAAGGAGGCAGCACCUCAACCGGGACUGCCCGAUGCGCCCUCAGAGGAGGAGCGAAGCGUCUAUGAGACACUCAAAUCGAGUCUUGCAACGCUUGUCUCGACCUUGCCACCAUAUGCUGUUGCCAAGCUGAAUGGGGACCAAUUGGCUGAUCUGAAUAUCAGCCAGAAAAUCCUGAUUGAGGGUGUCGAUUACCAAGGUACGAUGGAGAAGGACGACUAUUCUAUGCAACAAGAACGUGCAUCUUCUCUGCCUGCCAACCGGACUUCCACGCCUAGCCGAGCUGGCAGCUACCAGGCUCAGUACAAUCAACGCGCCUAUGGUGCCAAUACUCGGACCCAGCCUCAAGGUAACAUCCAGACAGCUCAACCAUACUAUGCAGGAAGACAGAGCUCUACACCGGCCUCCUUCAGUCCAGCUCCUCCGCAGCAGCAGUAUGCGGCAGGUCGUCCUCCUGCGACUCCUCAGCAGAGGCCUGGCUAUUAUCCCGGUUAUUCGCAAUCUACACCGCAAUUCAAUCAAGCAAACCCUGGCCCAUCAUACCAGCAACGUCCAGGACAAAACACCUAUCACCCAUACGCAGGCCAGCAGGGUUCGCCACCCACUCAGGCAAACCCUCAACCCUACACACCUCGGCCUGGACAGCCCGGGCCUUACAACAAUGCAGCAGGCCGGAGUGCAUCUCCCCAAAAGCCUCCACCUUACGCGACGCCGAACGCGACUCCACGAGCCUCGUACAGUAUUCCACAAGUGCCUGGAAACCCCCAACAAACACCGCAGCGUUACAUCCCACAACAGCAGCAGCCGCAACUACCUCCAUCACAGCAGCAGCAACAGCAACAGCAGCAGCAACCACCGCCACCGCCACCGCAACAACAACAACAACAACAACAACAACAACAGCCUCCCCCACAUGGGGUUCAUCCACCCAACCAAGCUCCGCCACAAUCCGGAGGUUAUCAGCAUUCAGCGGGCGCCAUGGCUUACGCACGAAGUGCUGCAGAGCAAGCUGUUGUGAUGGAUCGUAAUAAGGCCCAGCUGGCGGCUAAUACCCAGAACCGGCCCAGCUCUACCACACCUCAGCCAGCAGGUGAACCGGCGGCGGCAACGCCUAACGGAACCCCGGCCUCAUCAUGAGCGGACGAGUUAUGGUGCAAUGAUGAAAUCAUGUGACGAUAUAGUGUCAUCCUGCUUUUACACCCUUUGUCCAACCUUCAAACGGCAUUGAGUG